CCCAAACGAUGACAGCAGCAGUCAAGUUGGCCAUAGAAAGAGAACUGGCAGAAGAUGCGGUUAUGCUACAUGCUUUUAAAUUCUUGUCUGCCAUGGCUCCCGAAACGAUACCACUAGAAUAUAUCGUCCAGUACGUAACACGGAGUAUGCCGGAUGAAGACAAAGAACUUGUGGCUGCCAAUGUAACCUCAUCUUCACUCAUUCUUUCUUUUGAAGGUCAAUCACAAGAAAUAUGUGUGCAUCAAGUAGUGCAUGCAUGUCUAAAUACUAUCCUACGACAGCAAAGUAUGGAUGAAAUUGGAAAAUUGCAUUUCUUGUUGAAUGUAAUUCAAGCCUUUUCGACACUUUUACUAAAUUCCUUUGACGAGAACAACUGUAAUGAUAUAAUGGCAACAAAGUCCCUAGUAGUUCAUUUCGUGCACUUCUCAAGCAAACUGAACCUUUGUCUCAAAAAUCCAGAUUUGAAACUAAAAAWAAAAUUUGGUGAGGAGGACAAUGGACUGUCAAAGUGCCUGUUGUCGACCGGACACAUCUGUAAAAUACAUGGUAAAUAUGAAGAGGCGCGCAGUCUUUUUSAGRUAUCUUUAAUGAUAGGAGAAAACAUCUACGGUAAAGAUCAUCCAGCUUUGGCUUCUACAUUGAAUGGUUUAGGAAACAGCCUCCAACAUCUUGGUAAUAAACAAAAAGAAGCAAUAGAGUGCUUUAAGAGGGCAUUGACUAUUCAAGAGAGGUUUCUCGAUCCAAAUGAUCCAGGUUUGGUUUCUACAUUGAAUAAUUUAGGAGGCAGUCUCGGUAAGCUUGRUCAACAUAAAGAAGCGAAAACUUGUUUUGAAAGGGCAUUGACUAUUCAAAAGGAUUUUGGUCGAAAUCCUAGAGCUAUGGCUUCUACAUUGAAUAACCUUGGAUUAACGCUAGGUGAUCUUGGUCAAUACAAACAGGCGAAAGCUUGCUUAGAGGAGGCAUUGGUUCUUGAAGAGAGUGUUUUUGAUUCAAAUAGUCCAGCUUUGGCUUCGACAUUGAAUAAUCUUGGAAACAUCCUUGAUUAUCUUGGUCAAUACAAAGAAGCGAAAUCAAAUUUCGAGAAGGCGCUGGCUAUUGAAGAGAUGGUUUUCGGUUCAAAUCAUCCGRCUUUGGCCUCUACAUUGAAUAAUCUGGGAAAUAGUMCCGGUAAACUUAGUAAGCACAAAGAAGCAAAAGCUUGUUUCUUAAGGGCAUUKGAAAUAGAAGAGAGAGAAUUGGGUCCAAAUCAUCCAGAGGUGGCUUCCACAUUGAGCAAUCUAGGAAAUACUCUCGGUGAUCUUGGUGAACACGAACAAGCAAAAGCUUGUUUCUUAAGGGCAUUGGAAAUAGAAGAGAGAGAAUUGGGUCCAAAUCAUCCAGAUUUG